CCGACUCAACUGUCUUGAUCACCUCAGGCUUCACCCUGAGGACGUGAUCAUGUAUUCUCGGAUUCUCGGAGGAACUUGUAUCUAUCUCUAAAACAUUAGCCAGUCUGUCGAUAUGGCUGUCGCAGCCGUGGGGCAACUAUGUUCAACCGCAAGCAUCUCAGGCAAUUUAGCCCAGUGUCGAACACUUGUGCGGAAAGCAGUUGAAGCUGGCGCAAAGGCACUAUUCCUUCCAGAAGCAGCGGACUAUAUCGCCUCAUCUCCGGCGGAGAGUGCAUCGCUCGCCCGCCCAGUGCAGGAUAAUGAAUUCGUCCUAGGUCUUCAAAGUGAAGCUCGAGAUAGUGGUUUGCAUAUCAACGUCGGGAUCCACGAGCCUGCAUCAGAUGGUCGAGUAAAGAAUACUCUCAUAUGGAUCAAUAAUAAAGGCGAGAUAACGCAACGCUACCAGAAGGUCCAUCUAUUUGACGUGGACAUUAGAGGAGGCCCCGUGUUAAAAGAAAGCUCGAGCGUUGAGAAGGGAACCGAGAUUCUUCCACCAUUCGAUACAGUACUCGGUCGUGUCGGUCUAUCAAUCUGCUUUGAUUUACGCUUCCCAGAAAUCAGUUUGGCUUUGAAGCGUCAAAAUGCUCAAAUCAUAACCUAUCCAUCAGCAUUUACUGUUCCCACAGGCAAAGCACACUGGGAAACGCUUCUUCGGGCCAGGGCAAUUGAAACCCAGUCCUAUGUGAUAGCUGCUGCACAAGCCGGUCCGCAUAAUGAGAAACGACGAAGUUAUGGCCACUCUAUGAUUGUCAACCCUUGGGGUGAGAUCUUGGCUCAGCUCAGCGACGGCUAUCAGGAGCCGCAAAUCGCUGUCGCGGACAUUGAUUUGGAUCUUUUGGCAAAGGUUAGGAGAGAGAUGCCAUUACUCAGAAGAACAGAUAUAUAUCCCGAAAUAUAGUUGUAUUAUUAAAGAUGGCCAGACAUUUGCGUUAUCAUUAGUAGAACAUACCUGUCCUGCUGUAUAAUUCUUGUCAUCUAGAUUAUAUAUAAAUUUUAAAUGGCCAGAGGAUGUCUAUGGGUAAACUUAUAUUCUCUUCUCUUUUCAUGGUUCUCUAAAACAAAGCGUGAGAGUGAAUAGUUCAUAAUACAGUAUGUCAGGAUGCACGCGGAGAAGAAGCAAGAAAGCGAAUGAUGCAAGACAACCCACACCAUCCAAGUACUGAAAACGGAUCUUUAUCGAGAUAGGUGCGACCACCCGACCUGGAUUGUCCUUUUUGAUCACUCUAUGUACAAUGUACAAUUAAAUGGGGCAGCAACAAAAUUCAUUUCUGCGAGUCCUCCAGGAUACCCUCAGCUUCCAGCCUCCGUCGAGCCU